AUGCAGUGUUUAAUUAGAGAAGGUUCAACCUUUAUUCUCUCUGCAGUUUCGAGGGUGAAUUUGCAAACCGGUAUCUAUGAGCCUGCUUAUCAGGAAACAAAUGAAAAAGCUCUCAUAAGGGUGGCGCAAAUUCUGUCCAGGGAAAGGAAGGUCCGUGAAAUGAGAUCACCACAUGGAAAGGCUAUAGCUGCCAGCAACUCCAACUUAUGGAUCUCAAGACUCACGAGACGAUUGGGCAUGGUAAACGGAUAGGGGGUUAUAUUAUUUGACAUUGUCUGCCGCACCAGUUUGUGAUCAUGUUGUUAAUAAUGUUCAAAGUUGCAGUAUUAAAGACAAACAAUAAAUUUGGUUAUGGCAUCGUCGUUUCGGACACCCGUUGUUUGGCUACCUUAAGCAUUUGUUUCCAUAUUUAUUUAGAUUUUGUGAUGAGUCAAGUUUUAAGUGUGAGACAUAUAUUUUGGCCAAGAGUCAUCGCAUUGUGUUUCUUUUAAGUGACAGUAAAGCUGCAAAGCCUUUUGAUUUAGUGCAUUUUGAUGUGUGGGGUCCGGCUCAAGUUAUUGCAACGGAUUUCGUUGA